AUGGCAAACCACCAGGAGAAGCCCACCACGCCCCUGCCGCCGCCGCCUCAGCCGGAGGGCGGCGUCGCUCGCCCCCGCUUGCCCGGCGGCGGCAGCGCGCACGCGGGCAGCGCCGGGUACCCAAACCCGCCAGAUGCCGCGAUCCCCGAUGCGGCGACUCUUCGGGACCAGUGGCGGUUCGCCGUGCGGCAGUACAGCCGCUGGUACUCCCACGCCUGGGGCACCGCCAUCCUCGCCGGCGCCGCCUUCUUCGCGCUCGGAUGGCUUGUCAAGGGGUCAAACCCGCUCCCGUCCCGGGCCGAGCCGCAACACGACGCCAACAGCAAAUCCAACGCUAAGGAGGAGAAUUGA